CCAGUAAGCCCUGAAAAAGCAUUCUAUCCUGUAACUUGAUUCAUUUUCCCUUCGGCGCUGAGUAGAGCUCUAAGUAUCGACCACAAUGACGGAGUACAGCAGAGAGCCGUGUCCCUUUCGCAUCAUCGAGGACUGCGGAGGAGCCUUCGCCAUGGGCGCCUUGGGCGGCGGAGCCUUCCAGGCGAUCAAGGGAUUCCGCAACGCUCCCGCCGGCCUGAAGUACCGUUUCAGUGGUGGCUUGGCGGCGGUUCGAGCGCGGUCCGGACAGGUGGGCGGGAGCUUCGCCGUCUGGGGCGCCACCUUCAGCGCCAUCGACUGCACUUUGGUCUACUGCCGGCGGAAGGAGGAUCCCUGGAACGCGAUCAUCAGUGGAGCGGCCACCGGAGGCAUUCUGGCUGCUCGGACAGGAUUAACUUCCAUGCUGAGCAGUGCCUUGGUGGGCGGGAUUCUCUUGGCCCUGAUUGAGGGCGUGGGCAUUGCCGUGGCCCAUUACUCUGCGGAUUCGUACCGCCAGGUGUCGCCAGUGGAGCGGCAGGAGAUCUACAAGCAGCAGCACUUGCAACAGCAGCAGGGAUUUUCUCCCUUUGGCGCGGAUUACGAUGAGGUUAGUCCGCCGGCAUUGUAGAAUUCCUUGCUGCGUCAUCGAGCAGUCGCUAUCCACGCAAUCCAUCUACGAUUUGUGGAUCGUCGAUUGCAUACCAAUUCAAUUCGAGAUUGCUUUGAUUGUCCAACGACAACGCCUCCAAAUCCGAGACGGCGGCAUUCCGAUUUCAAUUUAAAUUCAAUUGUCGUUCACUGCGAGUUUUAGAAUCAUUAAUAUAUUUUCCUUUUCGUUU